AUGGAGAAAAAGCGAAGAAGAAGGACGACGACGACGAUGAGGACGAAGAUGAAGAUGAAGACGAGAAUUCAAGCAGCAAAAAAGAAGGCCGGCGAUGCGGAGCAGGCAUCAGAUGCUGCUACUACUGCUACUACUACUACUACUGACACGGCAGACAGCAGACGGCAUGGAGAAGAAGAACCAGAAGAAGAAGAAGAAGAAGACGAGUCCAUGAUGCUGCUAGUGGUGAUGCCUGACAGAUAG